AAAUAUUCAUUCAAAAUGGCACCUUCUAAAAUAAGGAAGUAGAGGAAACAACUAGCAGGGAAUAAGUUGGAUAAAAUCCCGCAUUGCCGUCGAUUUGACGCGAGUCGAGGUUCGACGUCUACCGCGGUGUUCGGAGUCGGGACUGGGACCAGGCGAAGCCGAGAAAAGGUCAUGGAGAGCAUUUGCCCGUGCUAGAAGUACAAUUUCAGAGCACAGCCAGCAGCACGGGGUGGCAUUUUGGGCCGACGCAUAUGUCCUAUAGUGUGGUCAUGUGUGAAACUGAAGUCUGAUGCCCACCCUCCCCUCAGCACUGGCCAUGGACGGGGAGAACUACCUGCAUCCAGAAGGCCCUCAGCUGGACAGCAGCAUGUUCUCUGUAGCCUCCUCUAACAUGGAGAGUCCGCUAUUUGGCCCCUCUGGAUCCUGGAGGUCCUACUCUCAGCCGGGGGAAUAUGGCGAUCACUGCCCUAUGCAAUCCGGAAACCAGCAAUACCACUUGAACAGCAGCAGCGCUACCACCGCCACUUCGCCGGAUGUCCCGAUUGACAUAUUCUCUGCAUUCUCAGACAUGGUGGAUUUCCCCUGCCUCAACCUCCCCAGGAAUGGCGAUUUCCCCCAGGAUCUGACCUGCAUUGAUGACCUCUCCACAAACUCCCUGUUCUCCUCUCCGGCCGAUUCAUUGUCGGAGUAUGCCGAUGCACCGCCCUUCAUCAACACAGACACCCUCGGCACGGUACCGACACUCUGGGACGUCAGCACUAGCACCACCGUCGCCAACACACCAGCACACAGCCAGCUGGAGCUGAAAGGCUCCAGCAGGUUUCAGGGCUUGGCCAGUUUGGAUGAUAUUACUGCUAUAAUCAGCACCCCACCUUUAGGAGGAUUCCAGGCUCAGACAACCCGGUCUCCACCGGAGGAGGAGGAGGAAGCUGAGGAAGAGGAUUCAGAGGAACUGGGCCAUGUCGACACGUAUGCUGAGUACAGGCCUUCCAAAUCCACAAUAGGAAUUUCCCAUCCUGACAUAGUGGUGGAGACCAACACGCUUUCCAGUGUCCCUCCUCCAGACAUCACAUACACUCUGUCAAUCCCAGAGAAUACCAUUAGCAGCGGCCUGCUGUCCGCCCUGCAGCUUGAAGCCAUCAUUUACGCCUGUCAGCAACACGAGGUCAUCCUUCAGAACAACCAGCGAGCGGGCUUUCUGAUCGGAGAUGGAGCUGGUGUCGGGAAGGGACGCACUGUGGCGGGAAUUAUCCUGGAAAACUACCUUAAGGGAAGGAAGAAAGCACUAUGGUUCAGCAUAUCCAAUGACCUGAAAUUUGAUGCAGAAAGAGAUCUCAAAGACAUUGAUGCAUCGACUAUUCCUGUGCAUGCCUUAAACAAGAUUAAGUAUGGUGACACAGCUACCUCAGAAGGAGUCCUCUUUGCAACGUACUCUGCGCUGAUAGGCGAAAGCCAGGCGGGGGGGCAGCACCGCACGAGGAUUAAACAGAUCUUAGACUGGUGCAAGCCGGAUUUUGAUGGAGUUAUUAUUUUUGAUGAAUGCCACAAAGCCAAGAAUGCCACGUCAACAAAGAUGGGUAAGGCAGUGCUUGAUCUGCAAAACAAGCUGCCGCGGGCCAGAGUGGUGUAUGCCAGUGCCACAGGUGCAUCUGAGCCAAAAAACAUGAUUUACAUGAGCCGCCUGGGAAUCUGGGGUGAGGGCACGCCCUUCAGGACCUUUGAUGACUUCCUGCAUGCUAUUGAGAAAAGAGGCGUGGGUGCCAUGGAAAUUGUUGCCAUGGAUAUGAAAGUGAGCGGGAUGUACAUCGCCAGGCAGCUGAGCUUCUCAGGGGUGUCGUUCCGCAUCGAAGAGAUCGGACUGGACAGCGACUUCAAACUGGUCUACAAUAAAGCUGCCAAACUGUGGGCGGAGGCGCUGAAAGUCUUCAUGCGUGCUGCCGAUGAGCUGGGCCUGGUCAGCAGGAAGUCUCUGUGGGGGCAGUUCUGGUCAUCUCACCAGCGCUUUUUCAAAUACCUCUGUAUCGCUGCCAAAGUCCGCUGCCUGGUGGAGUUGGCCAAGAAAGAGCUGGAGGCAGGAAAGUGUAUCGUCAUUGGCCUGCAGUCUACCGGAGAGUCACGUACUCGAGAAGUUUUGGAUGAGAAUGACGGGCAUCUUGACAGAUUUGUCUCUGCUGCAGAGGGAGUGUUCCAGUCCCUUGUGACAAAACAUUUUCCUUCUGAAAAACAGCGACGAGAGAAAGCACCCGGGAAUAAAAGAAAACGUAAACCUCGCGGUCGCCAGCCCAAGAUACCCAAGCACGCGGUGGAUAGCGGCGGCGUCAUCAACAUCAGCGACGACAGCAGCACUGAUUCUGACGGCAUGGACACAGAUUCAAACUCCUCGCCGGACUCGCUGCUGGACAAUGACGAUGUCAUCUUUGUCAACCACACUAGCUGCCAGACUGUCAGGAUAGAGGAGAUGAAGCAGAGUCUCCUCAACAAGAUAGCACAGCUGGGAAAAGAACUACCUCUAAAUACCCUGGACGAACUUAUUGAUAAGUUUGGGGGGCCGGACAAAGUGUCAGAGAUGACGGGUCGUAAGGGUCGUGUGGUGCGGCGCCCUGACGGCAGUGUCCGGUACGAGUCGCGUGCCGAGCAGGGUCUCACCAUCGAUCACAUCAACAUCAAAGAGAAAGAUCGCUUCAUGGGCGCAGAGAAGCUGGUCGCCAUCAUCUCCGAGGCAGCCAGCUCUGGAAUUUCCUUGCAGGCUGACAAGCGAGUGAGGAACCAGAAGCGCCGGGUACAUAUGACCUUGGAACUGCCCUGGAGUGCCGACAGGGCCAUUCAGCAGUUUGGCCGUACCCAUCGGUCCAAUCAAGUGACGGCUCCAGAGUACAUAUUCCUCAUCUCGGAGCUUGCUGGGGAGAGACGUUUUGCCUCUAUUGUGGCAAAGAGACUAGAGAGCCUGGGUGCAUUAACACAUGGAGACAGAAGAGCCACAGAAUCCAGAGACCUGAGCAAAUACAAUUUUGAGAACAAGUACGGUACCAAGGCUCUGGAUAAAAUCACUAAAGCAAUCCUUGGUCACAUAGAGAACAAGGUGCCUGCACCAAAAGGUUAUCCCGGAGGUGACGCCAUGUUCUUCAGAGAUAUGAAAGAGGGAAUGAUGGAUGUGGGCAUCUUCUGUAGGGAGCAACGCUUUGGCAUUAGUACAGAGAAAGACUGUAGCAUCACCAAGUUCCUAAAUCGCAUCCUGGGCCUGGAGGUGCACAAGCAGAAUCAUCUUUUCCAGUACUUCACCGACAACUUUGACUACCUAAUCGAGAAGGACAAGAAGGAGGGCAAAUAUGACAUGGGCAUCUUAGAUCUGGCUCCAGGUAACGAUGAGAUUUACGAGGAAAAGCAGGAAAUCUUUUUGACAGUCGGAAACCCUCAGGAUGGACAGGUGGUCCUUUACAAGAUCAGCGUGGACAGAGGUAUGCCUUGGGAUGAAGCCUACAACAGGUUUUUGAAUCUCUCCGGUACUGAUGAGGGCUUCUACUUGUCCAAUAAGCUUCGAGGUAACCAACCGUGUGUGCUGCUCGCUGAGCAAGGGAGAGGCAAGAACUUCAUCGUGUACAAGCCCAACAUCGGCAAGCAGACUCACCCCGAGAGCCUUGAUAACCUGCAGCAACGCUAUCGAAAGGCUACUCUCGAAGAGGCCAAGGACAACUGGGAGACCCAGUUCAGCUUCUCCUUGAAGAAAUGUAGCCAUGCCAACUGGAAUGGCAAAUGUAAGAAAAUUGAGGAAGGCCAGGAGUGUUUCCAGGGUAUGCGUCUCCGCCAGUACCACAUGCUGUGCGGCGCUCUGCUGCGUGUGUGGAAGCGGGUGUCUGAUGUGGUGUCCGACAUCACAAGCUCCAGUAUCCUGCAGAUAGUUCGCCUCAAAACAAAGCAUCACAACAAGCAAGUCGGCAUCAAGAUCCCAGAGAACUGCGUGGCCCGAGUGCGCGAGGAACUUUUACUCAUGGACGAGGAGGUGAAAAAGCGGCGCAAGGAGAGGGAGAAGCAGGCCCUGGAGCAGCGUCUGGCUGAGGAGCGCAUGCGUAAAAUGGAGCAGGAGAACAAGCACCUGCUGGCUAAUCUGUUUAGCCAGAAACCCGUGGCCAACCAGUCCUUGGCCCAGUCGCUCCUUCAGAGCCAGAUCCUCAAACAAAAACUGAACCCGCUGCAAAAGACACGGAUGGCGAGCAUCUCUCAGCUCCAGAGGAUGCAGGUGGCCCACAACCAGGCCGCCUUGCAGCAGAGUCAAGGUCUGCUGACUUUACACAGAAACCCCUCUCAAAGUCAGCAACUGACUCUGAACAGCUGGCCCAGCAAGUCCUCCAAGCAGGCCCUGCGCAACACGGUCACCCAUAGCUCCAAUUUCUCCCAGUUUUACCCCCAGUCCUUUUUACAUACGUUCCCGCAGCUGAAAAACCCGCCCGUCCCCGUCCAUCAGACCACCCUCUCCACCGGUUUGUCCUCACAAAAGUCCCAGGACGAAAUCCUCGACUUGACCGUGAGCUCGCCGUCCCCUUUGCCGGACAGCACGGCGGAAAGCGGGUUGGGCCUGAACAACCUGGCGGGACCCUCUGGGGCUUUCGUGGACGACUUCGGCCUGGAGUCGCUCAUUUCGCAGAACGCCCAGCAGCUCCCGCCGCCGCCGCCUCUGGUUCUGCAGCAGCCGCAGAACCUCAGCAUGCUGGGCAACAACCACCAGGACCUUUUAGACCUAUUUGACCUGCCCAUCUCCCCCCAGAUGCCCACGCAGAAAGCCAGCCCAUCAUCAUCCGCCUCGUCCAGCUCCUCCUCAAUGUCCUCCACCUCCUCCCACGUCUCCCCUCUCGUGCAAACCUCCCCGCUCUUCUCCCCGCCUCCUUCCUCUUCCUCUUUGUUCGCCAACUCCCGCUUCCCCUCCAACUAUCUCCUCCCCCAGUCGGACUCUCUCCCCCUUAACGGCCACUGCAGCUCCGGCGCUCUGGACGUGCGCGAGGCUCUGAACAGCAUGCUGCAGGCGGGGCCGGACCGCAAGUCCGUCAUUCACUACCGGCAGCAAGACUGAGAGUGGCUCACUAUCCCUCUUUAAUGGCUUUUAAGCAGAUUUUAACACUGCUGUUUCCCAUCCAAAGUUGGAGCCCUAAACCCCUCAGGACCUCCUAGUCACAUCACUGCCUGUCCUGCUCCCAGUCUUCUCUUCCCGCCUCCUCUUGGUUGCCGCGGCGACGACAAACGCCCGCAUCAAAGCGUGUCCUCCACUGCUUAAAGGCAGCUGUAAACGUUAAACUCACAUGAACAAAAACAAACAAAAAAAAACACUUGUUCAUCCUCGCAUAGAGUCCUUUAAUAGACCCUUUUUUCCACUCCCCUCAUUUUGAAGAGGUAUCGGACCUUGCUGGAAGCAAACCUGAACACGUUUUAGCUCGACCCGAGGCGCAAAAAGUGGACGAGGAACUGGAAUACAAGAGGAAGAAAUCUUAGCUGACAAACCGUGAAAUGCCUCCCUAUUUGUUUGCUUCCCCCCCCCCCACCCCCCCACCCCCGCCGCUCGUGUUAAAGGAAACGGGGAGCAGCAGUCUGCAAACAGUGCCUUCCGAGAAAUCUAUAAAUGCAGUCUUUAAAACAAAAAAUUCCAUGUAGCCUAAUGUAUAGAUUUGUAUUUUAAUUUAAAUAUAUUUGUAUUUAACUUUUUUUCGUCCCUUUUUGCGUUGUCCUUUUGUGUUACACUAUGCUGGUAGCGGGUUCCAAAAGAGGCCUCCGUGAAGCCUUGACUGCGUGUGUGUGCGUGUGUGUGCGUGUGUGUGUGUGUGUGUGUGUGUCUGUGUGUCUGUGCGUGUGUGUCUGCCGAAAAUGUGCACGAUACCGUGUAGCGUACAACAACACCAACAAGCGCGAACAGUACAGAUCGUAUCCAAAUAUAUAACCCCCUUUUUUAAUAGACGAAAUAACAGUGAGAUUUCAACUCCUGCCGUGAUUUGACUACCAAUUCUCAGGAAAGUCUCAAGUGCUUUUGGUGGUGGUGUGUUUUUUUUGUUUUGUUUUAUGUGUGUAUAUUUCUGACCAUCAAUAUAAACGUGUCUGUCAUGAAAUGACACUGAGACAUUGAAACUGGUUUUUUUUUUGUUUUUUUUUAAUUGUCUCGAUGUCUGGAAAGAAAACCCUGCAAGCAGAAACUUUGAUCAUUCGGUAUUAAAGUCACUGCUUCUCAUCCAUUUCAUUACUUUCAGGUGUCGUAACGCUAGCAGGUGCUGUAUAUUUGUGUGUAGGUGCACGCCCCUAAAACCAAGUUCUUUUGACUGACGUGGGCCCCCAGCAUCCUUGAAAAGAGCUAGACCUGGCAUAUGUAAGCACAUGCACACGCAAUAUGUUUGUUCCAUACCCUUUUUCUUGUCUAUUUCGACCACCGUAACAUUUUUCCUGGGGUGCAUGUCGGCGAGUGCUUCCCUUAUUUUCGAGAAAUUGCCCCUAUUUGGAAAUACAAAUGUUGACAAGUAUAGUUUGUUGAUAAUAACAUGAUAAAAAUACACUAAAAGAUUGCAAAUAAGUCCAAUUCCACAUUACACCCGCAUGUGGCAACAUUGACAUGUUGGACAAUUAAAAUGAUCACUCCUCUCACCAGUUAUUGGUGAUAUCCGCCGCCUUGUGCCCCAGAAGUAAACUCAGAUAUUUAAAAUAAGCCUUUGACAUGCUUCCUCAACACCGAGCGCGGGUGUGUUGUUUUGAUAAUGUGAUUGCUCCUCCCACCAGUUAAUGAUACCGGUACUCUUGCUCAUACACAUUUGCGUGACAGAUGUCAUCUAAUGAAUCGGUUACAUUCGGUAACCAGUAGGGCCGUGAAUCUUCUUCGAUUCGAUUCGAUUCUUGGGGGUAACUAUAAGAUUCAGAGUCAAUUCUCAACUCAAACUAAUUCUCGAUUCAAAAUCCAUACUUUUUUUUUUUAAUAACAUUGGGUGCCAGUUUUAGGACAAACUACAUUCCUCCAUUAAAUAGACGAACAGUUGUAUUGUUUCAAAGAAAACUAUUUUUGUUUAACCAAAUGCAACCCAAAUAUUUAAUAAAGUCAAAUACAAAUAAGACAACAAGAAAAGUAUCCUUUUCUUUUCUAAAGUAAACCUGUACCGUAGAUAAUAUCAUCUACAUCGGCAAUAGGAUGUGGUUGGACAGAACCGAUUAUUAAAAAAAAAUACAUGUAUAUAUAUAUAUAUAUAUAUAUAUACAUAUGUAUGUGUAUAUAUAUAUAUAUAUACACAUAAAUAUAUAUAUAUAUAUAUAUAUAUAUAUAUAUAUAUAUAUAUAUAUAUACAUGUAUAUAGAUACAUAUGUUAGGUCAGGAAAAAAACAGAGGCUUCCUGACCUAUAUAUAUAUAUAUAUGUUUGGGAAAAAAAUCACAAGACUACUUCAACUCUACAGAACUGUUUCAUGAGGGGUUCCCGCUCCUGAUGAUCUCCGAAUGAUUGAGGGAACCCCUCAUGAAACAGUUCUGUAGAGUUGAAUUAGUCUUGUUAUUUUUUUCCACACACACACACACAUUUAUAUAUAUAUAUAUAUAUAUAUAUAUAUAUAUAUGUGUGUGUGUGUGUGUGUGUAUAUAUACAUAUAUGUAUACAUAUAUAUAUAUGUGUGUGUGUGUAUAUAUAUGUAUAUAUAUAUAUAUAUAAAUAUAUAUAUAUAUAUAUAUAUAUAUAUGAAUUUGUGAUUUUUUUUUAAUCAAUUAAUAAUCAUUUCACAUAAGAAAUGUGAUUCAAUCAAAAUAUCUUUUUUUUUACACCCCUAGCAACUACCAGUUUGCAUCAUAGGAAAAAUGUAACAACUCAAGCCACAAAGUCAAAGCCUUUGAUAUGUUGCCCACCAACAAGCGUAUGAUAGCUGCCACCUUGCGUAAAUCCAACUGCACAACAAAAGUAAGCCACUUAGUCAAAUCUAAUGGCACACUCGCAAGUGCUUGCGACACACAAGCACGGAAUAAAGGUGUGUUUUAUUGUUAAUGUGAUUGCUCCUCCCACCAGUUUUUUAUGGUAACGACCGCCUUUGCCGAAUUAAAAAAAAAAAAGGACUCAAGCCACAAAGUCAAAGUGUUACACAUGUUUGCCCACAAACGAGCACACAAUAAAGAUGUGUUAUAUUGUUAAUAGGAUUGCUCGUCCCACCAGUUAUUUAUAGCAACCACCACGCUGCAUAAUUAGGAAAAAACUAAACAACUCAAGCAACAAAGUCAGAGUUACACGUGUUUGCUCACUAACAAGCACACAAUAAAGAUGUGUUGUAUUGUUAAUAGCAUUGCUCGUCCCACCAGUUAUUUAUAGCAACCACCACGCUGCAUAAUUAGGAAAAAACUAAACAACUCAAGCAACAAAGUCAAAGAGUUACACGUGUUUGCUCACUAACAAGCACACAAUAAAGAUGUGUUGUAUUGUUAAUAGCAUUGCUCGUCCCACCAGUUAUUUAUAGCAACCACCACGCUGCAUAAUAGGAAAAAACUAAACAAUUCAAGCAACAAAGUCAAAGUGUUACAAAUGGUGGCUCAAUAACAAGCACACAAUAAAGAUGUGUUAUAUUGUUAAUAGGAUUGCUCGUCCCACCAGUUAUUUAUAGCAACCACCACGCUGCAUAAUUAGGAAAAAACUAAAACAACUCAAGCAACAAAGUCAGAGUUACACAUUUUUGCUCACUAACAAGCACACAAUAAAGAUGUGUUGUAUUGUUAAUAGCAUUGCUCGUCCCACCAGUUAUUUAUAGCAACCACAACGCUGCAUAAUAGGAAAAACUAAACAAUUCAAGCAACAAAGUCAAAGUGUUACAAAUGGUUGCUCAAUAACAAGCACACAAUAAAGAUGUGUUAUAUUGUUAAUAGGAUUGCUCGUCCCACCAGUUAUUUAUAGCAACCACCACGCUGCAUAAUUAGGAAAAAACUAAAACAACUCAAGCAACAAAGUCAGAGUUACACAUGUUUGCUCACUAACAAGCACACAAUAAAGAUGUGUUGUAUUGUUAAUAGCAUUGCUCGUCCCACCAGUUAUUUAUAGCAACCACCACACUGCAUAAUGGGAAAAAACUAAACAACUCAAGCAACAAAGUCAAAAUGUUACACGUUUGCUCACUAGCGAGCACACAAUAAAGAUGUGUAUAUAUUGUUAAUAUUAUUUCUCAUCCCACCAGUUAUUUAUAGUAACCACCACACUGCAUAGUUAGGUAAAAACUAAACAACAAAGUCAAAGUGUUACACAUGUUUGCUUACAAACAAGCACACAAUAACAAUGUGUUAUAUUAAUAGGAUUGCUCAUCCCACCAGUUAUUUAUAGCAACCGCCACGCUGCAUAGUUGGAAAAGCUAAACAAGUCAAGCAACAAAGUCAAAAUGUUACACGUUUGCUCACUAACGAGCACACAAUAAAGACGUGUUGUAUUGUUAAUAUGAUUGCUCAUCCCUCCAGUUAUUUAUAGCAACCACCACGUUACAUAAUAGGAAAAAAAACUAAACAACACAAGCAACAAAGUUAAAGUGUUACACAUGUUUGCUCACUAACAAGCACACAAUAAAUAUGUUUUAUAUUGUUAAUAGGAUUGCUCGUCCCACCAGUUCUUUAUAGCAACCACCACGCUGCAUAAUAGGAAAAAAAUAAACAACUCAAGCAACAAAGUCAAAUCGUUACACAUGUUUGCUCACUAACGAGCACACAAUAAAGAUGUGUUAUAUUGUUAAUAUGAUUUCUCAUCCCACCAGUUUUUUAUAGCAACCACCACGCUACAUAAUAGGGAAAAACUAAACUCUAGCAAAAAAGUCAAAGUGAUACACGUUUGCUCACUAACAAGCACACAAUAAAGAUGUGUUAUAUUUUUAAUAGGAUUGCUCAUCCCACCAGUUGUUUAUAGCAACCACCACGCUGCAUAAUAGGAAAAAACUAAACAACUCAAGCAACAAACCCAAAGUGUUGCACGUUUGCUCACUAACGCACACAAUAAAGAUGUGUUAUAUUGUUAAUAGGAUUUCUUAUCCCACCAGUUAUUUAUAGCAACCACCACGCUACAUAAUAAGAAAAAACUAAACUCUAGCAACAAAGUCAAAGUGAUACACAUGUUUGCUCACUAACAAGCACACAAUAAAGAUGUGUUAUACUGUUAAUAGGAUUGCUCGUCCCACCAGUUAUUUAUAGCAACCACCACGCUGCAUAAUAGAAAAAAACUGAACAACUCAAGCAACAAAGUCAAAGCCGAUACAUGUCAUGAUAAUCGGUUAUUUAUGAUAACCGGCAAUUUCUUGAGUUAUUGUUAAUGUACCAAUGAUUGUCACACACACGCACUAGGUGUGGUAAAAUUAUCCUCUGCAUUUGACCCAUCACCCUAACCCCCUGGGAGGUGAGGGGAGCAGUGAGCAGCAGCGGUGGCCGCGCCCGGGAAUCAUGUUUGGUGAUUGAACCCCCAAUUCCAACCCUUGAUGCUGACUGGCAAGCAGGGUGACUCCGUGUCUAAAUGUGUUUUCUUUUCAGACAUCAUGGUCCUGUUUAUCCAAUGUCCAAUGGCCGUGUUCCCAUUGACUAGUUGUUUGGAGACAAGUGCAAGCAAUAAGAAACAAGAGCAGUUGUACAUUUUUGUUGACGGAGCAGACAAGUAUUUUACUCUCCAGGUGAAACUGUGUGAAUCAUUCAGUCCUGAGAUGCAUACAACCUUUAUAUAUAUAAAUAUAUAUAUAUAUAUCCGACAGAUGUUUUUAGUCCUUGUUAUGUUAAAAACAAAUGUUAUUUAUAUUUAAGGGAUAUUUUAGAUUUUAGCUAUGUUAUUCUGCUUAUUAUAUAUUAGAUUAGUAGAUUAAAUGUUUUGGUCAGGGACAAGUUCUAUUCAAAUCUGCCACCAAAUAUGUUUGCACUGUUUUUCUGUACUCUACUGUACAGUGUCUGGAUUUAUUUCUGCCCAUUUCCAUAUUGUCUUUUCGUUGCAUUUUUGUUUAUAAUUCCAUCCAUCCUACCAUUUCCUACCGCUUGUCCCUUUUGGGGCGGCGGGGUGGGGGUGCUGGAGCCUAUCCUAGCUGCAUUCGGGCGGAAGGCGGGGUACACCCUGUACUCCCUCCAAAUUCAUACUUUUUUUUUGAGAGAUACCAAAGUGUUCCCCUUGGCGUUACCAUUCAAAUGGAUCUCAGGAAAGAAAUGACAAAAGGUUGGCGAAGGAGAGGCAAGAAAUGUGUCGGGGGGAGGGUGGAAUUGUUACAGAAGUAAUAUUUGAGUGAAUCCAUGUUUGUAUCAUUUCUUCUUAACUGUGCUGUGAUUUCAGUUUUAGACCAGGGGUGGGAAACCAGACUAAAUCUAUGACAAACAGGAUCAAACAAAUGUUUAUUAUUGAACAUUUGCGGCUUUAACAAUAAUCGCAAGUUGGACCGAAUCGAAUGCAAAAGGCCUGGAGGGCCACAGUUGGCCCACUCCUGCUUUUUUUUUUUUUAGACUCUGUUGUGAUUGAACGUGUUUACUAAAAGCCUUCUUAGGGCGGCGAUCAAAGGCUGUUGUUUCAAGUCUGUGGUUGGUGGACAUGCACAAACGUGGUAGUUUUGGAAUCAGAUGCUUCCUUUUCCUCAUUCAUGUCACACUGUCCGUAAUUCAGCUUCUUAUUUUUCUUCAAACAUUCCGAGAUAGCUUUUAUUUUUUUUCCCUCACUCUUGCUUGCAUAAAUUGGCCUUUUUAACGAUUUCUUUGUAUCACGUUUGCACUAAGAAUUGCAAAAUCAUAAGUUACUGUCCCCCUGAUGGAGUUUUUUUUUUUUUUUUUGUUCCCUCGGCAUGUUGUGUUUUCUGGUCUUUGGUGGGUUUGUAUACUGUAACCAUUGUUCAUGUUUCUCCACUGUUUGCAUUUUUAAUAUAAAUCACUCAAAUAAUUUAUUGCUAACAAUAACAACAAGAAAAAAACAAUACAAAAAACAUGCUACUGAUUGUAUGUAUUUUUAAACAAAGUCUAUUUUUUCUGGAAAAAAAAAGAGAGAAAAAGAGAAACUGUGUUCGGCACUUUUAUUCUGGGUUUUGCUUUCGUUUUUCUAUAUAUAUUUAUAAUUUAGAUCCAAAUGUAUAUAUUGUAAAAUUUUGUGCCUUUUGACUAAUUCUUUGGAACAAAAAAACAAACAAAAAAAGGUUUUCUACUCAUUAAAGGAAGGACUAUAUGAAAUUGCAAUCUUUACUUUGUAAACAAAUAAAACCUUGAAGAUUGCUGAAA